AUGCCGUACAAUGCUGGACGCUAUGAUAUCUCAGUUGCUCUGCCCGUUCAAAUGGUUUCUUCAGAGCACCUGUCGUCGGCGUACGUCUCUGACGACACUUACUACAGAGGCGAACAUGCAUCGUCACAGGGUCAGAACGUCUCGUACGCCUCUUAUCCCACCAUUACACCUAACAGGGCCUCGGAAAGCAUGCUAGGCUACCAAAAUCAGUCACUUACUCCUGUCACGGUCCCGAGUAUCCCGAAUUACGUUGUGGGUGGCCACAAUCCAACGGAUGUGAAUGGAGCAUCGUUUACUACACCCACAGGAGACCCCUUUAGCCUCCCAUUUUACCAAGCCGUACCAUCAGAGUCCAGGUCCGUCGAUACCACCGAUACUUAUCGCCAUCCUUAUCCGCCAGGGUACGGAGCAGCAACAAUGAGCCCGCGCGUUCCAUCGGCAGGGGCAUCGACUGGUUCCAGCCACAAAAAGAACAAGCAUUCGUCACGGCCAAGAAAGUCUAAGCAGCCACAGGUACUCUCGCCUGGAAGCACGUCGUCAGCGUCAAACUCUGGCAGAUCCAGACUCCGUAGUGCUUCUCGCACAAGCAAAAACACGCACCACAACCCCCCAGCUACAGUCGAGGAGCAAAAAAGCCGUGACACGCAUAACCAAGUGGAAAAGCAGUACCGGAACAGACUUAAUGCUCACUUUGAAAGCCUACUAGACGCUCUACCGGAAACCAUGCAAGCUGGCGAGGGUGAUGACGAGGGGGAAUCGUUGGACUUGACUGACCGGAGAGUCAGCAAAGCAGAAGUAUUAGAUAUGGCUCGGCGUCACAUUCAAGCCUUGGAGCGCGAAUGCGCUGCCUUGGAAGGGGAAAGAGACGAACUCCGAAAUAACAUGGAGAGGUUGCGCUGGCUGUUUGGACGGUGCGAAGGGACCGACGGGUUCAACGAGCAACUGAACUUCCCAGGCGCGGGAGGCUUACAUUGA